UUCCUCACCACCCGAUGAGAGUCAACGACUCGCCAACUCACUCACCACCCACGACGGCUGCGGGCAGCAGAUCGUCCCGCAGACCGCGGCCGCCAAUGACGACGCCAAUGACGCCGCUGACAGGCCGUGGCCGUGGCGCUGGUGGCGGUGGCGGUAGCGCUGUCCAGCGCGCCACCGUCUCGCGCCUCGGCGGCGAUGGUCUCGACGGUUCGGGCGAGGCCUCCGCCGGGUCUGAGGUCGCUUCUCGUGGGGGCUUCGGCCGCACGCCUCGGGCUGCAAAUGCGGCCGCAGCAGCAGCAGCAGCUGAUGCAGCAGCAGCUACAGCAGCAGCUGCGGCAGCAGAUGCAGCUGCUGCGCGCGGGGAUGGAGUACGGGGGGUUGAGGACCCUCGUGAAGAAGGGAGGCGGAGUGCGGCGAGGGCAGAGAGUACGACCACUGCUGAGACCGCAUCUGGAGUUCGCGCUCGCACUGGUCCCGAGGGAUGCCGGGCUGAAGAGCAAGUACCUGAGACACCACACAGGUCACCUGUUCUUCCCUCGGCAGUGCAGCGCUCACUACUACCGCCUGUACCACACCUCCCGUGACUGCACGACACCCGCGUAUUACAGGCGUUGUGCCCGACUGCUGUCUCGCCUGGCGGCGAGUCCAGUGUGCCGCGCCUAACAACACACACUUACACACACUUACACACUUACACACACUUACACACACUUACACACUUACACUUACACACUUACACACACUUACACACACACACUUACACACUUACACACACUUACACACACACACUUACACACACACACUUACACACACUUACACACUUACACACACACACUUACACACUUACACAC